AUUUUUUUUAUUACUGACGUGUACAGUGCCACAAAAGCCAAAGUUAUUAUUAUUUUUUUUAAAUAUAUUAAAUAAUAAAUAAAAUUAUUCUUAUUUUGCAAUAUUAAAAAAUUAUUAAUCUACAAAAAGUCUGUAUUUGCCCUCGACGUAUCUCUAAGUUGAAAAAAACUCAUAAACAAACACAAAAUGAUUAAUGAGAAAUAUAAAUUCAUUUUCUAUUCUGUUGGAAUAUUUUGUUGCUAUUUCUAUUACGGUAUAAUCCAGGAGAAAAUUACGAGAGGUCAAUAUGGUAACACGAAAAAUGAAGAUGGAACAACAGGCGAAAGAUUCACCUGCGCUCUGGCCAUGGUGUGUGUGCAGUGCUUCUGCAAUGCUAUUUUUGCAAAAGGAAUGCUUCUGGCUAAACCGCAGAAAGAUGACACCACACCCACAAGCUACUAUGCAGUCUGCUCACUCACCUAUCUCUUGGCUAUGGUUAGUUCGAAUAUGGCCUUGCGGUGGGUGCCAUAUCCUACUCAAGUGGUUGGUAAAUCUGCAAAACCUAUUCCAGUGAUGAUUUUAGGAGUGUUGAUUGGGAGGAAGUCAUAUUCCUGGACGCGAUACGGAUGUGUGAUGACAAUAGUGGCAGGAGUAGUGCUCUUUAUGUACAAGGAAGGAAAAGUAAAUUCAAAUCUCGCCCAAGAAAAAACGGGUUUAGGAGAAUUACUUCUAUUGCUAAGCCUAUCCAUGGAUGGAUUUACGGGAGCAGUUCAAGAACGCAUGCGGUCUUCAAGUGCACCCACUGGGCAACAAAUGAUGCUGUCAAUGAAUUUCUGGAGUUCUAUGAUGUUGGGAUCAGCGAUGAUUUUCACAGGAGAAGGGAAAGAUUUCUUAUUAUUUACAUCCCGCCAUCCUCAGCUACUCACGCACUUAGCUACCCUCGCCUUCGCUGGUGCUCUCGGUCAGUUGUUUAUUUUUCUAAUGGUGGCUGGUUUUGGUCCAUUGGCGUGUUCUGUUGUGACAACUACCAGAAAGUUUUUUACCGUUCUCUUUUCCGUAAUAUUUUUUGGAAAUCUUCUUAUUCCCAGGCAGUGGCUCGGAGCGAUACUAGUGUUUGUUGGUCUAUUUGCCGAUAUGGUAUUUGGGAAGAAAUCGACAGCUAAAAAGCCGGUUGCAGAUGACAAAAAGAAGCUACUGUCGUAAGAAUGACUAUGGUAGAAUAAACAAGAUCAAUGUUGGAAUUCAUGAUUUUUCCCUUUUUUUGUACAAAUUUAACUUAUUUGAUGUUUAACUUUUGUGAAAAGUUUGAAAAAAAUAAAUCAUGUGUAUUUUGUAUCAAAAUA